CUGGGAGAAAGGGGAAGAGGUUGCUGUCAGCGAAAUCAGUAUAUCCUCCCCCUAGUCAGCAAAGCUACAAGGUGAACUGCUGGAAGAUCCCAGCUCUGCACACGUGGGGCAGGAGCCCUCCAGCUCUGUACAACCCAGAAGAGGAUGUCUCCCAGCCUUCGGGAAGGUGCUCAGCUCCGGGAAAGCAAACCCGCACCCUGCUCCUUCUCAAUUGAGAGCAUUUUAGGACUGGACCAGAAAAAAGAUUGUGCAACGUCAAUAAGACCCCACAGACCCUGGACAGACACUUGCGGCGACUCAGAGAAAGAUGGCAACCUACGCCUACAUGCCCCAGAUCUUCCCCGUGAGACUUCAUUUCCUUGGCCACUGGAUCAGCCAAGGCCAGAAGAAAGGGCUCCGAAAUGUGAAAAUUAUUUUUCUGCCUCAGAAACACGCUGUUUGAAAAGAGAAUUGAGUUGGUACCGAGGACGAAGGCCAAGAACCGCUUUCACCCAGAACCAGGUCGAAGUAUUGGAAAAUGUCUUCAGAGUGAAUUGCUAUCCUGGCAUUGACAUCAGAGAGGACCUAGCUCAAAAGCUGAAUUUAGAGGAAGACCGAAUCCAGAUUUGGUUCCAAAAUCGUCGAGCAAAGCUGAAGAGAUCCCGUAGAGAAUCACAGUUUCUAAUGGCAAAAAAACCCUUCAACCCAGACCUUCUGAAAUAGGUUAGAAACCUUCACUUCCCACCCUGUGGCUUUCAACAUUCCAAAGAGCCAAGGUAAAAGAAGACAAUCACCACAGAAGACCAGAAUGGCAACAGUAUUGUAAAACACCAAAUUAUAGAUAGCCUAAACUUCCUGACCAAAUUAGAUCCUUUGAUGUGACAUUGGUGAACCCAAGUGAUGUAUGUGGGUCCUCUCUCACUUCCACACGUGCUUGAGGACUUGUUAGAAGGUAAAUAGAAGGCCUUUCAUUCCUUAGCCCUGAGGGAUAUCUUUCCAUUGUGUUCUAGACUAGACACCCCAAGUUUUUCCUUCUGAACCCACCAUACUUGUUCAGAAAUGUAUAGCAGUCUUUGGACUCUGCAGCAUACGUCCCAAGGCUGCCAGCCAGUGACAGGUUGUAUCACUGAGUGUGAAGGAAGGACAUUCAACAGUGGGCAGAUUGACAACAAAGAAUGGGAGGAUGUAUCUGCCUUCAUAAUUACAACAUCAUGUGAUAAUUUGAAUAAAACC